AUGGUUCAGCGAAUCAUUUUUACCGCCACUUUGGCGCUUGCUUUCAUUGGUGAAGUUUCCGCGACAAACCAGUAUACAUUAGUCGAUGAUUAUGCGGGAACCAACUUUUUUGAUAUGUUCGAUUUUUAUACGGGAGCCGACCCAACAACCGGAUUCGUUUCAUACACCUCUAAAGAAGUAGCCGAAAACGCAAAUAGCGAGCUUGGUGUGGAGUUGACGAAAGUCGAGAAUGGACAAGCUUAUAUGGGUGUAGACUACGUUAAUGUGGUCACAACGGGCCGGCCCAGUGUUAGGAUACAAAGUAAAGAAACUUACACCCAUGGCUUAAUCAUUGCCGACCUUGCGCAUAUGCCUGCUAGCAUUUGUGGUACAUGGCCAGCAUUUUGGACAGUCAACAGCACCAAUUAUCCACAAUACGGAGAAAUAGAUAUUCUUGAAAACAUCAAUGAGAAGACUGUCAGCUUGCAAACACUUCACACCCAGGAUGGAUGCUAUAUCUCCGGCAACCAAUACUCAUCUCAACUCCAAGAUAAUGUCACCUCAUACAAUUGUGAUGAUACUGCUACCUCGAGCAUAUUUGGAGCUCAAGAUGCUACCUCUGCAUGCUCCGGUACAAAUACCGACCCGAAUUCAUACGGAACGCCAUUCAACAGCAACGGAGGUGGUGUGUAUGCUAUGCAAUGGACCAGCGAUGUAAUUAGAAUGUGGAAUUUUGGACCCGACGCAAUUCCAGCCGAUAUUACUGCUGGUACACCAGAUCCUUCCACCUGGACCCUUCCUUCUUUUACUACCGAAGGAGGAGUCUGUAACAUUGAUGAAUUAUUUGCCAACCACAAAAUCGUUUUCGAUACAACGUUUUGUGGAGGAUAUGCUGGACAAACGGGGUUUUGGGAAGAAACAACUUGUUACGACGCAGAUAAAUUUCCUACUUGCGACAGUUACGUUGGAGCAAACCCAGCAGCAUACAAGGAGGCUUAUUGGCUCAUCAAUAGCGUUAAAGUUUACCAAAAUGAUACUUUAGCUGCCACUAGCGCUGCUUCUACUUCAUCGACAUCAGCUCUUGUCGCAUCUACUUCAACCCAAAUCUCGACUACUGCUAGUCCAGUAAUUAGCUCGACUGCUCGGGCCGAAUCUCUUUUGAGCAUCGCGACAUCUGUAGCCUCAUCGAUCGCCUCUGUUGUUGCCGCAAGUUCAUCGUCUUCUGCAUCAUGUGUUUCCAUUGGUGUCCUUCUAUCUGGCCAGAUCGCUUGCCCGGCAUCUUCCUUGGAGGUAUCUUCUACCACAAGCAUUAUUGCUUCAGUAUCUUCUGUCGCUACUGUUGUUCCCAUAACGACUCAAGUAGAGGCAUCUUCUACUGCCAUUAUUAUUGCCUCAGUAUCUUCUUUGCAAGUGUCCUCUGUCGCUAGCGUUGCACCAUCAGGAUCCUCUAUCGCUAGCGCCAUGACCACAAUUUCCGUUCCACACUCUCACACUACCUCAACCAUCUACGGAACAAACACACGCACUGAUGAAGUUGGAUCUGUUAUAACCGAGACUAUCAUUCUUUCAACUACUAUUUGCCCCAUUACCGCUGCCGAGGGAGAAGCAUCUUCUACUGCCAUUAUUAGUUCCUCAAUAUCUUCUGUGCAAGCGUCCUCUGUCGCUAGCGCCAUGACUACGAUUUCCGUUCCACAUUCCCACACUACCUCAACUAUUUAUGGAACAAACACACGCACUGAUGAAGUUGGAUCUGUUAUAACCGAGACUAUCAUUCUUUCAACUACUAUUUGCCCCAUUACCGCUGCCGAGGGAGAAGCAUCUUCUACUGCCAUUAUUAGUUCCUCAAUAUCUUCUGUGCAAGCGUCCUCUGUCGCUAGCGCCAUGACUACGAUUUCCGUUCCACAUUCCCACACUACCUCAACUAUUUAUGGAACAAACACACGCACUGAUGAAGUUGGAUCUGUUGUAACUGAGACUAUCAUUCUUUCAACUACUAUUUGUCCCAUCACCGCUGUCGAGGGAGAAGCUACACCAUCACCAUCCAGCGUAAACGCCGAUUCGACCACAACCAUUCAAAGUACUCUUACAAGCAUUCAAUUGGCUUCUACGAUUUACAGCACUGUCACACUUUCAGGGGGAGCUUCCGCAGCUUCAUCAACAUUGAGUCUCGUCCUAAGUCUUUCGGCCACAACUCUAGCCACAACUCAAAUAUCAGAGGCUGCAUACGCUUGGAGCACAGUUACUAAUGAAGGAGCCAGCACUGUUGUCGAUAUCGGUUCAAGCACCGCUUCUCUCAUCUCUAUCCCUACCGUUUCAGUUUCUAGCGAGAUCGAGGGUGCCAUCCCAUCUUCCACAGCCAUCUCUAGUAUCUCCCUCUCAUGCGAGACCACUAGCGUAUCUUCCGCCGCAUGCGUCGCUUCUGGUGCCCUCGUUUCGGGCGAAACAGCUUCUCCAGAAUCCCCAGCCAAGGCCAUAAACACCAAUACCGCCAUUUCGGCCCAACCAUCCACCGCAUCCUCAGCAGACGCCCCCGUCGUCCUCUCCACCGCAACCGUAAUCCCUAUGCAAUCCGUCGCCGUUCAAGCCACCACCACUGCUGAAAUCCUCAGCAUCCCUCAACCCUCCAGCGCACUCGCCCAACCCGAAACAGCCAUCCCAAUAAUUUUCACCCCAACCUACGCCACCACCUCCUUCGUCACACAACCCACGUCCGCAUCCACAUACAACUCCACCUCUUCUCAAACCAGCACCUCAAGUAACGUUUCGGUAACUGGUACUGGUAUCCUCAUCGAUACGGCCACUCUCAGUAGUACCGAAACCUUUACAUUUGCUAUGCCGAGCGUCUAUAGCGCAACGGGAACGAGUGAUUCGAGCGCUGUUACUGCGUAUCCGUUGUUGGAAUCGGGGGUUGGCAGAGUUAAUGUGCGAGGAAGUUUGAUAAUUGCAGUGGGUGCAAUCAUUUUGGGGUUAGUGCUUUAG